AUGACUCAACCAACUGAAAAUAAUGAAAAUGAUUUUAGUAAAUGGCUUGAAACAGAAUUUAUGCGAAAAUGGUUUGAAUUUGAAAAUGCUGAUGAAAUUACAAUUAAAGAGAUUGUUAAUGAG